CCUGAAUUUCAAGGACCCCGAGGCGGUGAGAGCUCUGACCUGUACCCUCCUGAAGGAGGAUUUUGGGCUUACGAUUGACAUCCCCGUGGAGAGGCUGAUCCCUACCGUUCCCUUGAGGCUCAACUACAUCCACUGGGUGGAGGAUCUCAUCGGCCACCAGGGUGCUGCCAAGCGCGUCCUCAGGCGCGGCAUCGACAUAGGGACAGGAGCAUCUUGCAUAUACCCGUUACUUGGGGCAACUUUGAAUGGCUGGUAUUUUCUUGCCACAGAAGUGGAUGAUAUGUGCUUCAAUUAUGCCAAGAAGAAUGUGGAACAGAAUAACUUGUCUGAUCUUAUAAAAGUGGUUAAGGUACCACAGAAGACUCUUCUAAUGGAUGCACUAAAAGAAGAAUCCGAGAUCGUUUACGAUUUCUGCAUGUGCAACCCCCCCUUUUUUGCCAACCAGCUGGAAGCAAAAGGAGUGAAUUCUCGAAAUCCACGGCGUCCCCCUCCCAGUUCUGUAAAUACAGGAGGGAUCACAGAAAUCAUGGCUGAGGGGGGAGAACUAGAAUUUGUCAAAAGAAUUAUUCAUGAUAGUCUACAACUUAAAAAGAGGUUACGAUGGUACAGUUGCAUGUUGGGGAAGAAAUGCAGUUUAGCACCGUUGAAAGAGGAACUUCGAAUCCAGGGGGUUCCUAAAGUGACUCAUACUGAGUUCUGUCAAGGACGCACCAUGAGAUGGGCACUGGCGUGGAGUUUCUAUGAUGAUGUACAAGUACCU